UACCAAGCCCAUUCCUUUUUUCUCUCUCUACGGCAGGCCCAUUUUUAGAGCUUCCGUCCUCUCUCUCUUGUUUGUUGCUCCGCUCCGCUGUCCACUUACUCGUCUCCGUAAUUAUGGUAUCCGGUUUGAUAAAUGCAAAUCCUGUUGUGUACGAGAAGAAAGAGCGGCGGCUUCGUAACUUAGCAACUCUACCUGAUGAAUACGCGGUGGAACCUAUUGACCAGCAAGAAAUUUUUGAUCAUAUUAGAGAUAUAAAGGAUCCAGAGCAUCCCUACUCUUUAGAAGAGCUUAAAGUAAUAACUGAAGAUGCCAUUGAAGUAGACCAUGAGCGUAGUUAUGUUAGGGUCACAUUUACUCCUACUGUUGAACAUUGUAGUAUGGCUACAGUCAUUGGUCUUUGCUUGAGAGUCAAACUUAUGAGGAGUCUCCCUUCUCGCUACAAGAUGGAUAUAAGGGUUGCACCAGGAACUCAUGCAACUGAAGCUGCAGGGCCCAACCUUAAGCAUCAACUGUUGGAAAACGUGAAAAUACGCACUUCAGCAAAGAAGAAAAAGACCAAUGAGAUGGAUGAAUUGAUUUCGGCUGAAUCAAUUAUUAAUGUUGCCAUAUUAUUGGGUGAUAACAUAAGAGAUGUUGGAAGAGAUUUGGGCAAGAGUAUUGGGAUUGAAACGACGAAAAGCUCAAGAGUUAAAUGGGGCAUUAGUUGAGUUGGAGGGAUUGAUAGAGGAUGAAAGGGAUAGUGUUUUUCAGUCUUGUGCCUUAUCAAAGAGUUGGAUGAAUGGCAAGGUUCUCGCCAACCAUUGACAACGGAAAUUACAGAAACCCACGUGCGAUUUUGUUGGCAAAUUAAGAUAUCCUGAAACUUUCUUUUGUGUUUGACAAAUUAGCAUAAUCAUGGCAAGUUCCAUGUAAACUUGAUCUUAAAUUAAAAUACAUUUAACAUUAGGGGCAGCUUAGUACAUGGGAAAGAACUUUGUUGGGACUAUGACUAGGAUAUAAAGUCCUAAAUUAAUUGUAAGCAUUUCAUUUUUACUAAAACGUUGAAUUUUAAUUCAGUA